AUGUCGGGGUCCAUCGCGAUCCCGCCGGACACGAUCAUCGGGCAGAAGUACCGCAUCAAUCGGAAGAUCGGGUCCGGGUCCUUCGGGGAGAUCUACAGCGGGACCAUGGUCGCGAUCAAGUUCGAGAAGCGGAGCGCGCGGUGCCCCCAGCUGCGGCACGAGUUCAAGGUCUACCGGGAGCUCCAGGGCUGCACGGGCAUCGGGCGCGUCAUGUACUUUGGCACGUACCGGGACUGCAACGUCAUGGUCAUGGAGCUUUUCGGCCCGUCGCUCGAGGACCUCUUCAACCAGUGCGGGCGCAAGUUCUCGCUGAAGACGACGCUCCAGCUCGCGGACCAGCUCCUGGAGCGCGCGGAGACGCUCCACGAGAACCAUCUGAUCCAUCGCGACAUCAAGCCCGCGAACUUUGUGACGUCCGUGGGCGAGCAGGCGUCCGUCUUCUGCAUCGACUUCGGGCUGUCGAAGCGCUACCGCCACCCGCACACGAUGCAGCACAUCCCCUACCGCGAGGGCCGGAGCCUCACGGGCACGCCGCGCUACGCGUCCGUCGCGAACCACCAGGGCGUCGAGACGUCGCGGCGCGACGACCUGGAAAGCAUCGGCUACAUCCUCGUCUACUUUUUGCUGGGCAAGCUGCCCUGGCAGGGGCUCAAGGUGCCCCCGAACGUGUCCGGCACGGCGUCCCAGAAGCACCGUUUAAUUCUCGACAAGAAGCAGCUCACGCCGCUGCCCGAGCUCUGCCGGGGCUGCCCCGUCGAGUUCCAGGAGUUCAUCCAGUACUGCCGCGAGCUCCAGUUCGACGCCAAGCCGAACAUGACCUACGUGCGCAACCUCUUCCGCGACCUCUACCGGCGCCACGGCUUCGAGAACCCGAAGCAGUGGGACUGGGACGCGCCGCGG